UUUGGAGUUUUUUUUAGAAGAAAGAGAGAAAUUUGCGAAUAUUAUUGAUAAAUCAUGAAGAUUUUCACCUUCUUUACCAUCUUUAACUUUGUAAUUAUCUACUUAAAAAGUGUUGAAAUACUUAUUGAAAAAACUCAUUAUCCAACUUUUAAAUCAAUAAAUAUAAGUGUAUAUUUCGAUUAUUUCAACAAUACAGAAUAUAGAAUAUACUUUGGAGAUGGUAACUUUACAACGUUUAACAGUUUCAUGUCAUCUGUUGAAGAAAAACCAAUUAUUUUUAAUUAUUCUUAUUCAAUUCCUCAACUCUAUACAAUUAUUGUAAAUGUAACAAAUUCAUCACUCAGUGACAGUGAUAAAAUAGAUAUUAUAGUUCAACAUGAAAUCAAUCAACUUCAAGCAACUCAUAUAAUCAUUCCACCGAGAACAGUACGUAUGCAUAUUUUCUCUGCAGAAACUUUACAUGAACCAACAAAUGUGACGUGUAUGAUAACAAGUUUAACAAGUGAAAAUAAUACGAAUAUUACUAAAAAUGACGUCAACUUGACACAAGGUUUUACAGCUUUGCUCCUCUAUGAUAGCAGCUUUAACGAGCGUUAUAAAAGGAAUGUUGUGAUAUUUAUAAAAUGCAAUAAUCAAGUAUCAUCCAGUAAUCGAUCCUAUGUUGCUACAUUAGAAGAAGCGAUUAAAGAUGUUUCAAUAUUAUUACCGAAAACUUUGCUAUGGACAAAUUUACCUUUUGAUAUCAUUGCAACUGCAAUAUACGGUACGAAUAUUACACUGGAAAUAACAAUUGGAAACAAUUAUAUAGUAUUUAAUAGAGAAUUCCAUGGACCAGGAAUAUUCGACAAUAUGACUACAACAGUUAGUGAUCCUGGUAUAUAUAGUUUAAGGGCAAAUUUUUCAAAUAGCGUUAAUUAUACAAUUACUUAUGGUCCAAAUUUAAUAGUUCAAAGUCCAAUAACUAUUGCAAACAUUUCAUUAUUCUAUUUAAAACCAAGAAGUUUUCAAAUUAAUAUCCGACAAAUUGGUUCUUCUAUAGUUCCAACAAAUGUUUCUUGUAGAGCAAAAUUUGGCAAUGAAAGUACGGAAUUAUUCUCUAACGUUAAUUUAAUUAAAGGAUUUGAAUUAAAUUUCACAAUGAAUAGAAUAUAUAACGAAAAACAAUAUAAGAAUAUUACCAUUCUAGGGGAGUGUUCAAAUCUGAUUACCAUUUUAGAUUUUCAAUGGAAUGUCACUUUAAUUGAAGAGAUAACUGGCUUAAAUGUGUCUUUUCGAAAUUUAUUCAACUAUACAAUUAGUGUUAAUAGAUCAUUCGAAUUAUCUGUUGAAGUGUUAACUGGUGAUGAUGUUCAACUCUUUAUAUUCGAUGGAGAUAAUUCUAGAAUUGAGGUAAUACUUGAUAAACUUGAAAGGUUUAACCAUAGUUACCCAAAUCCAGGAAUUUUCACCCCUACUAUAACUGUAAAUAAUACAGUUAAUGAAUUAUCACAUUUAUUAAAACCUAUUACUGUUCAAGUACCAAUUUAUGACCUAAAACUUACUGGUCCUAAUAAUAUUAGUAUUGGAGAGUAUUAUACAAAUUUUACAAUUAUGGUCAAUACUAAAAGCGAUCCUCCAACUGAUGUUUUUUGUUCUUUAAUAUUUCUGGAGAAUUCAACAGAAUUUGUUCAUCAACCUGAUUUAUCUAAAAUUAAGAAAUCAUCUCAAAAAACCAUUCAGUUCAAUACUAUAAAUUAUGUUGGUUUUAAUAGAACACUGAAUCUUACAUGUAAGAAUUUAGUAAGCACACAAAACUUUUUAUAUUAUAUCAAUAUUUAUGAGAAAAUUGAAAAUUUUAUGUUUACAAUGGAAAAAGCCAUAAUGAAACCUUUUGAAAAACAAUUGUUUUUAUUAAAUAUAACAUCCGGUUCUUUUGUAAAAUUUCAAUUAAUUAUUGGUUACAAUCUAUCAGUAUUUGAAUUAUCUUAUCCAAACAUAUCUACUUUCCAAAGAUCAGUUAAUUUUACAUAUUACUUUAAAGAUAUUGGCAACUAUACUGUAAAAGCAAUAGUUGAAAAUGGCUUUAAUCGACAAACUAUAGAAAAAGUUAUAAUUGUACAAAAUGUUAUUGAAAACGUUACAUUCACAAGUAAUAAAACAGUCUUUUGGACGCCUGGAAUUAUUAUUUAUGAACUAUCAUCGUUAUCACAUCAGAGCAAUCUAACAAAUAUCUAUUGUACAAUCUCUUUCAAUAAUGUUAUUAAAAGAGAUGAAUAUAUUCCAUUACUGGAACCUUCUCAAACAAUAGUAUUUAGUCAAUCGUUUUCAAUAAAAGACAUUGGAACUAUAAAUACUACGAUUUUAUGUCGCAAUCUAAUAUCGGAGAAAUAUUUAUCUACUACAACAAAACUUUUAUUGGAUGAGGUUAUAAUAAGUUAUCUCUUAUCUAAUGAUACUGCAACUAUUAAUAACUAUAUUGUAAUUGAGGCUAGAAUAAAGAGGAUGGCUAAGGAUUCUUGCUUUGUAUUCGAUUUAAAUACAGAUAAUCCAAAAACGAAGUUUGCCUAUGGAAUAAGCAAGGUUUGCCGAGACUAUGCUCUUGUAAAUGCAAUAGAUUACAAACAGAUCGAUAAUCAACAAGAUACUAUUACUUUUAAUUAUCAAUUUAUUAAAAUUGGUACAUUUAACAUUUCCCUUAAAGGAUUUAAUAGCGUAAGCGAAGAUUAUAAAUGGACUGUGGUUAAUAUUAUUGAUCUUUCUUGCUCUAUAUCAAAUGUGACUUUUCCAAAUGAAUAUUUAAUUGAAAAUUCACCAAAAGUAGUGUUAAAAAGUCAUAAUAUUCUUAUUACACCACUAAUUCGUAUAGACUGUCAGAGAACUAAACAUACAACAGUUGAAUGGAAACUUUUCAAUAUGGAUACGAAUAAUUUAUUAUAUACGACUAGCAAUAGCUCGGUUUUUAUUGAAAAAAGAACAUUGAAUAUCGGACAAUAUAAAAUUCAGUAUUUUAUUCAUAUGACAAACUUUUCUCAGUUUAAUCAUACAUACUCGUUAUAUUUUAAUAUUGAAGUAAGCCCACUUUACCUUGACCUUGGAGGUAAAAAAGAUGCCGUUCUAACUUUCGGCGAAAAAUUAAACUAUGAUUCGGGUCUUUUAAGUUACGAUCCCGAUAAUUAUCCAGAUGAAAAAUUGAAAGGAAUAUUAUUUAAAUAUUUCUGUAAGCAAAAGGGUGAAAAUUAUUUAUUCGAUGAGAAGUUUUUGGGAUACGAUCCAAAGAAUGUUCCAGAUAUUAAAAAAUUUAAACAAAAUGGCGGAUGUUUUGGUCAUGGACCCGGUUUUGUUGGUUCUAAUACAGAUGGAAAAUUUACUAUCGAUAGUUUACACAUGCUUCCUAAUAGACAGUAUUUUUUUCAAGUUAGAAUGGUAUCUAACGUCGGUAAUCGAGAGAAAUCUUUAAACUUUACUAUAACAAUACCAAUAUUAUUGGCUCCGAGAAUAGAAAUUCGAUGUAUAUCAAAUUGUCAACGAACAAAAACUGUGUCAAAAGCCAUAAAGAUGCAGGUACAAUGCUUCUCGAACUGUUUCGUUUUAAAACGUCCCAUGACCUACAAGUGGACAUUGUAUCAGCUUAAUAACGGUCAAUUGAUUGAACAACGGACCAAAGCGAUUAUCAAUCAGCAUUUAAAUACGAACGAAAUAAUUAACUUUUUACCAAACGAAAUUCAAAAUGGUUUUCAAUAUAAUCUUAAAGUUGAAGGAGCUUUCGAUGAUGUGAGCGAAAAUACUUCAUAUUCGGUUAUCUUUCUUAUUAAUAGACCACCCUAUGGAGGUAGCUGUGGUAUUAAUCCUCUUUCUGGAAAGGCAACAAUCGAUUUAUUCGAUAUCUCUUGUCAUAAUUGGAAAGAGUUUGAAACUUUGCAAGGAAGUCGUGGACUAUUGUACGAAUUUAAAGCACGUCCUAAAGGCGCAGAUGUUGAUCAAAAUUUUCUUCUUCAUUCCUCUUACGAACCAAAUAUCACCAAUAUCAUGUUACCUCUUGGUGACGAUGACAAUCAUUUGACUGAAAUAGAGGUUCUACCGCCGUCAGAAGAUGAUAAUGAUAAAGUUUUGGAAACAUCUUUGAAUGUUGUGGAAGGUGAUAAAUUGAAAAAGGAAUUUGAAUCCGCUGAUUAUACUAGUGUUUCCGCAACCCUUUAUUCAGUUACAUCCGUCUUAAAUGAGAAUACAAUUGAAAAAUCUGAACGCCCUUUAAAUGCAGAUGAAAGAGAAAAGGAAAAGGAGAGGUUUUGCGAUGAAAGAGCAAAGAAGAUGAAGAUUCGUCGAGGAAUGGUCGAUUAUGCCGUAAAAAUUCCAUUAAAAUCAACCAAAGAAAUUGAACAGAAUAAUGAAAUAAUAAACAAACUCGUUAACAAUCCUAUCGAAGUUGAUAUACCCUCUCAAGAAGAUCUAGCAGAGAGAAUUGCUAAUAUUAAUGAGGCUGUUAAUAAAGAAGACUUGUCUAAAUCGGAGAGAGAUAAAAUUUCAAUUGAUCUUAUAAGAACAACUGCUAAAAUGACAAUAGCAGCAAAUAACUAUAGGGAAGAUGUACAAGCAGCUCAAAAUAUAGAAGGUAACUCAAACGGAGAAGAUUAUCAUUGUGAUAACAUUAUCGAUUUAAAAAAUAAUAAUCCAAUCGAUGACGAAGGAACUAAUACUAAAUUAAAAAAUGUUAUGGGUAAUGUCGUAAACGUUGUUGAAAGUGUUACAGACAAACUACUAGAAAGUUCCGUAAUCAAUAAACCAAUUAAUAUAGAGUUAGAUACUAUGGAUAUUCAUAUGGAAAAGACAAAUCCGAAUCUUAUUAAGAAUACUUCUUACGAUUCGCAAUAUGGUUCUUUUGAAUUGCAUUCAGUGAAAACUGAAAGCAUCAGUUGCAUAGGAAGAAAGUUAAUUCUAUCAAAUAUUAAUCCUUAUAUGUGGCACAAUUCUUCGGAAAAAGUUACAUCUACAGUGGCAACUUUUCAAUUGAAUCCCUGUGAUAAUUUAAAAAGAAAAAAACGUAAUACAAUCGCAAAGAUUGCUGCUGAAUUUUCAUUGUCAUUAAACGUCGACCCUAACGACGUAAAUCAAACGUUAAUAAUUGUUGUCUCAUUGGCAUCUUCAACAUCUACAACUCAUUGUUCAAAUUGCACAUACAACCUAUUAAAGUAUGGAUUUAAGGCGUCCUAUCCAUCUGUUAAAAAAUGGAAUGGUAAAGUAUGGAAUUCUUGUGAUAAUGACGAUUGUAAAUUUCAAGAGGAAAGUUUAUCGUCAAAAGUUAAAUUUAAAAGUAAUCUUUUAGGUAGUUUGGGAACGGGUUUGGACUUGGCUCCGAAUACUAUUGAUUUUGAGGAAGUUUUUACCGAUUUGGGUAAAAAAUUGGCUGAUAAUGCAGCAGUCUUUGGAACUAUUUGCGCUUUAAUUAUUAUAUUUUUUCCAUUGGCCAUUAUGAUUAGAAGAUUAGAUUUAAGAGAUGAGAUUUUAUGGCAGGCUUCCCCCUUAGUUGACAAUCAUGAAGAAGACAAGUUCGAAUACGAAGUUCACGUUUUUACCGGAAAUAAACGGAAAGCCGCUACUACAUCGCAUGUCUAUAUGAUUGUUUAUGGUACUGAUGCUGAUACGGGACGAAGAAGACUUGCCUCACAAACGGUAACGUCAUUUAAGGAGGGUUCCAUGAACGCUUUUAAGUUGACAACUCCGUUUUCUCUUGGGUCAAUUGUUUGUUUGAAAUUAUAUCUUAGGCAAGUUCCCACUAAAGAUGAUACAUACGAACCAUUUGAUCCAUGGUUUGUUUCGAGAAUUGUUAUCAUAGAUAAGGCGUCUAACGUGUGGUAUAACUUUGAUUGUGAUAAAUGGUUAUCGGAUGUUCACUAUGGUUCACGAACUGAUUUAGUUGUUCUAGCAUCUAGAAAUGUAAAUCAACCGGCAAUCGAUCAACUAUUCAAAAGAAAUCUUAAACAGAGAAUUACCGACGAUCACCUUUGGAUUUCAAUUGGUGCCAGGCGUACAAAAUCAAGAUUUACAAGAUUGCAAAGGUUUACCGUCUGUUACGUGGCAUUAUUUCUCUCGAUGAUUGCGAGUUGUAUGUUUUAUAAGGAGGACGGUUCGCUAAGGAAGCAAACGAAUUCCGUGACAAUAUCAUUAAAUGAAUUCUACGUUGGAUUGGCAAACGCCUAUCUUACCCAAUACGAGGAUCAUAUUGGAGAAAUGAAUAAAUUAGACGUUGAACAUCUUUCUCAUAUUCCUAAAGAAUUAAAUAUUCGGGAAAAAUUGAAAAAAUCCCAAGAAGAUAUAAAAAAAAUGAAAUAUGAAAAGAUGAUAAAAGAUCGAAUGAAUAAUAUGAUAAAGGAUAUUGUUCUACAUUCAAUAUUUCUUAUACUAGUAACAUAUGUCUGCUUUACUAAUCAAAGUUCUGAAUUCUUCUAUCAGAAUAGGGCUAUUAAAAAUACUCUUGUCAAUUUUACGAAUGUAACGGAUCAUUCAAAAUUAUGGAAAUGGACUAAUUACGAUAUUCGAUAUACUACAGAACUUAAUCAUAUGAGAUUCUCAUCGGUAAGACUCUUUCAGCAACGUGUGCAGAGUGAAGAUUGUAAGAUUUAUGAUUAUUUAGAAGUUCUCUUUGAGUAUCAUCGUUGUUUUGGAGCCAUAUCGGAUAAAACGUUAAGUACGCAAGACUAUUCUCCAAAUUGGGACUUUUUUCGUACAGCAAAGUCACACGUAGCUUUUUCAUAUUCGAAAAGCGAAAAAGGUUAUUCAAUAUCUUUAGGAAGAGACCCAAAAAAAGCGUUGGAUCUGGUUAGAACGUUAAAAAGAUACGGAUGGACCGAUCGGCAAACUCGUAUAUUAACACUAGACUUGACAAUCUUGAAUCAUGAUAUAAUUUCUCAAGCAGUAUGGAAAUUUAAAAUGGAUUUGACAGGUGGAAUUUUAACAUCUUUUCGAAGUGAUUCAUUAAUACUUUAUAGAUAUACCGGAGCUAUUGGUGUUGUUACGUUAAUCUUGGAAAUAUUAUCUCUAUUAUCAUGGCUAUCGAUAAUUAUAAAAUUUGUGCUUUCCUACUAUAAGGAUAAGACAUUACCGGGGAUAUUUUUAAUUUUAUCGAUGGUGUUUUUCACCUGUUCAAUAGGCUUCUACACGUAUAGAACUCUUAUUGGUGUUAAAGCGGUUGAAGAUGUUAUGAAUUCGAAAGAAAGAUAUGUAGAUCUAUCGUAUUUCUUUAACGCUCAUUAUUAUUUUAUUAUGUUGAUUGGUAUUAGCGGAUUUUUUGGUGAAUUACAUCUCUUAUCAAUGUUAAAAAUAUCAAGAACAAUAUCGGUGCUUGUUUGUACACUUAAAAAAGCCGGAAGUGGCCUUUUGUCAAUAGCAUUUUGUACAACAAUAAUCUUUAUUGGUUACUCUUGUUGGGGUUAUGUAGUAAUGGGUUCAACGACGGAAAGUUAUAAAAGUUUUAAAUUUACUUGCUACGCUUUAAUCGAUACGGUUUUUGGACAUUUAGACUUUGUUAAACUAUCAUUGACUUCGGGAACAAUGGGAAAAGUAUUUAUAAUAUCUUAUGGAUGUGUUAUGAUUUAUCUAAUAUUGAAUAUAUUUAUUACUACUUUGAAUGGAUUUUUGGUGGCUGUUAAAACGGAUCCUCGUGUUCUUCCCGUAGAUCAUGAAGUUUUUCAAUUUAUAAUUAAAAAUCUUAAAACAAUUAUUAAAGAGAAUUUAGAAGAUAAAGUUGUGAAAAAAACACCAAUAGAGGAAAAGGAUAAUCUAUUAAGUCUACUUAGAAAGACUAACAGUUUGGAAGAGAAAAUUGUAGCUAUGGAAAAUUUGAACAAUAAGCUUUUUAAUAGAAUGUUUAUUAAAAUGCUUACUCCUUUGACAAACAAUACUUUAACUGCUAAUGAGAAAAUAUCAAUGCCGGAUAACGAUGCUGAAAUAUUGGAAAAAGAACUCUUAAGAAUUAUUAAUAGCUAA